AGAAAUAGUAAUUAUUAUAUACAUUAUUGUUAUUCGAGUCUGCUCCUCCAAGGCUCCUUUUUAAUAAUUUUUCCCCCAAAGCUCUUCAGAUGAAGCUUCAAAUCCAAUCCAUGGAGCAGACGAAAAGCAAGAGCACUACGAAGAGCGUGUUCAUCCUUCUAGCCGUAGCGUUAAUCCUUAUUACUCUAAUUCGCCUCAAUUAUCCAGUCGUGAAGCUUUCUUCGUCUUCAGUGCCGGCCAGAUACAGGAGCUCGGCGGCAGGAAUCGGCGGUUCGUAUCGCGGGGAGGAAAUUAGGAUUUCCGACGAGGAGGAAAAGUGCGAUAUAUUCACAGGGGAAUGGAUUCCGAAUCCGAAAGCUCCGUAUUACACGAACCGGAGCUGCUGGGCGAUCCACGAGCACCAGAACUGCAUGAAGUAUGGACGGCCGGAUUCGGAGUUCAUGAAAUGGCGGUGGAAGCCCGACGGCUGCGAUUUGCCGGUUUUUAAUCCGUUCCAGUUCCUGGAUAUGGUCCGAGACAAGUCCCUGGCCUUCGUUGGGGACUCCGUGGGGAGGAACCAAAUGCAGUCCAUGAUAUGCCUUCUCUCCAGGGUGGAAUAUCCGAUCGACGCGUCGUUAACCUCCGACGAGCAUUUCAAGCGGUGGAGGUACAUAAGUUACAAUUUUACCCUCGGCUAUUACUGGUCGCCGUUCCUGGUCAGAUCGGAGGACCGGAAGGACACCGACGGGCCGACCCACACCGGACUCUUCAACCUCUACCUCGACGAGGCCGACGAGGCCUGGACCACGCAGAUCGACGGCUACGAUUACAUCAUCCUCAACGCCGGCCACUGGUUCACCCGAACCGCCGUCUACUACGAGAACCGGCGGUUAAUCGGCUGCCGGUUCUGCCAGUUCCCCAACAUCACCGACCUUCCGAUGACCUACGGCUACCGGCGCGCCUUCCGCGCGGCGUUCAGAGCCAUCAACGGGAUGAAGAACUUCAGAGGCGUGACGUUCCUGCGCACCUUCGCGCCGUCGCACUUCGAGAACGGAAUAUGGAACGCCGGCGGCAAUUGCUUGCGGCAGCGGCCGUUCGGCAGCAACGAGACGAUCCUGGAGGGGAUGAAUUUGGAUCUGUACAUGAUUCAAUUGGAGGAAUUUAGGGUUGCGCAGAGACAUGGGGAGAAGGAAUUCCGAUUGCUGGACACGACGCAGGCAAUGCUUCUGAGGCCCGACGGGCACCCGAGCCGGUACGGACAUUGGGCUCAUGAGAACGUCACUCUGUACAAUGAUUGCGUCCAUUGGUGCCUGCCCGGGCCCAUUGAUUCGUGGGCUGAUUUCUUGCUGCAUAUGCUCAAAAUGGAGGGCCUAAAAGGUAAUCUCCUACAGGGACAGAAGAAACUGCAAUAGUUUUUAUUAUUGUUUUUGGGUGGGAUUUUGGUUUUCGUACAGUUGUAUUUUCCAAAAUGUUGUUGAAUUAUUUUUUCUCAACUUGGUGUGUAAACAGAAAAUGUUGGAAAUAAGUUAUAUAUUAUGUGAAAGAGGGGUUUUCAUAUUAUAUAUAUAAAUGUUGGCUGUGGUUUUUUAAUUA